UGUUUUUGACGAGCGUCGGAGUAGGUUGUAUUUUAAGGAGAAGAAAAGUGCAAAAAAAAGUUAAAAUUUGGAUUUUUUUGGAGAAAGAACUCAAGUGAUUGCAAAAGCACAAAAAUUGAUAGAUUAAUUGAGAGUGAACAGAGGCCAAUUAUUGCAGCAGUUUCAUUAAAAAAUGGACAGAAACAAGAAGAAGAAGGAGCUGAAGAACAAGGAGAGUGCCCCCAAAAUCGAGUCUUCUGCUGAAUCAAAAGGCGAUUCCCCGGGCAGAAGCAAUGACACAAAGCCUCGCGCUGAAAAUAGCAGCAGCAGCCGCUUUUACAUUUUUGGGGAACCGAUGAAGCUACCCACAACCGGUCUACCAACUUUGGAAUCGGUCAUGCGCCACUACGGCUACAUCGCGCAGAAACUACGGACUGACGCCAAUAAUAAGAACCCGACUUCGAAACUCGUUGCCAAGACUGUGGCAACGGAAGUGCAAGCUCUGUGGCACAAAAUGGGGAGGCCUACCAUCCUUUUGACUAGCAUCGCAUCUAGAAUUCUCAGAAUCCACAUAAAGUGCAAGAUUCUGAAGAAAAGUCUUCAUACAGGUUUAACAAAAGUCAAGAUCGAGGAGUUGAGGACAAAAGGCAAAGCACUUUUCGAUAUAUCAGGUACUCACAUCUCAAACAACAAUCCCCAAGAUAAUGAGGCGUUGGAGGAUCAGCAGGAAUCAUGAGAUGCAUAUAAUCAGACAGGAUGACAGGGAUACGCAACUUUAAAAUAGACUGCACAACUUAAAGGAUCUUGAAAUAUGAAAUUAUUCCUUUUCUUGUUUCUGAAUUAAAAGUUUUUUGAAUUCUUAUGGAAAA